AUGGGUGGACAUCUCGGGCGAAAGCGUAGAGCUGUACAGGGCCUGAAAGUGGCCGAGAUUGUAGUGGACUUGGAUGCCGAGUAUGUCGCGCAGUUUGACAGUAUAAAUUUGGCUAUUCUAGAUAUUGCAGAUCAUAUCAAUGCAGUUAACCAGUUAUAUCUUCCUUCCGGUAUAAUCCAUACUAUCAAAAGCGUUACAGUGCGUACCGCAGACGCCCCGCAGUACACAGCGCAAGAUCCUUACGAUUUACUGGAUGAGGUUUAUACUACCUGGGCGGGAAACGGAGAUGAUGAUUUAACUAUGCUAUUCACGGGCCGUUCGUGGUCUUCAGGGACAGUUGGCGUUGCAUAUCUGGGAACAGUUUGUUGGCAAGAUUGGAACAUUGGAGUGUCCCAGCUCCUUUUUACGCGUCUUAGAUUGGCGGUGACGAGAGUUCAGUUAAUCGCUCACGAAUUGGGGCACAACUGGGGUUGCAACCAUGUUGAGGCUACGGAAGAAAACAAAAAGUACGUCAUGUACCCCAGCGUUUUAUCAACAGACACCACGUUUGGUCCUGCUUGUACUGCGGUCCUCGUAAGCCAACAACAAAAGGAAAAUACUUGUCUUUCACUAAUGGCCAGCGAGGAAGCUUGUGCGAUUUCACCCUGUGUACGUGGAUCGUGUAGUGUGCUGCACAUCGGUGCUACCGGUGCAUCGGAAACCGUCUGCACGUGUCCAUCUGGCUACACUGGCGAUAUUUGUGAGGUGGAUAUUGAUGAAUGUGAAAAUAAUGCGUGCACAGCAAAUAGUCUGAGAUGUGAUGAUGAUGUGAACUCGUACAAAUGUGUGUGUGCCCCUGGAUUUGACGGUGAAUUUUGCGAGAACAACAUAGAUGACUGCGCGGUUGACCCAUGCAUUAACGGAAAUUGCGUAGAUUUGGUCAACGGCUUCGAAUGCACUUGCGACGCAGGCUGGGAAGGCGAUUUAUGUAAAGAUGAUAAGAAUGACUGUGAUCCUAAUCCAUGCGCAAACAGUGGUACGUGCACUGACAUGGGCGUCGAGGCUUUUACAUGCACUUGUGUCGCAGGAUAUGAUGGUCCAGAUUGCUCGAACGAGAUCAACAACUGCAAUUCCCAGUCGUGCAACAUGCGCGGUACCUGUGCAAGCAGUGUCAAUGCCUACACAUGCACUUGUGAUGCCGGGUUCAGAGGGGACGAUUGUGAGUUCGAUAUUGAUGAGUGUCUCGAUAAUCCUUGUGUGAAUGGCCAAUGCUCCGAUGGUAUUAACGAUUACACAUGCGCGUGUGUGCUGGGAUGGGACGGUAAGAAUUGCGACAACAACAUCGACGAUUGUUCCGCGAACCCGUGCCAGAACAACGCAGCGUGCACAGAUGCUGUCAAUGACUACUCGUGCGCGUGUGUGGGAGGGUUUUUCGGUAAGAAUUGUGAAUUUGCUUCCUCGGGCUGUGCCGCUGAGCCAUGUGCGCAUGGCGGAGCGUGUACUGACGUUGGUGACAUGGGUGGGUUUCUGUGCGAUUGCACUGGGACUGGCUACAAUGGUGCAAACUGUGAAGAAGAUAUCAUCGACUGUGUGGAAGGAUACUGCCAAAAUGGUAUAUGUACGGAGGGUGUCAAUCUGGCGACGUGCGAGUGUGCCGCAGGAUACACCGGCACCAAUUGCGAGAUCGACAACUGCUCGGCCAUGUGCCGUAACGGCGCGAGUUGCAUAGGCACAGCUGACAAUGUAGUUUGUCAGUGCGCAGAUGGGUAUGAGGGUGCCAAUUGUGCUGAUGAAAUUAAUGAGUGUAACGUGUUAACACCAUGCGCUAACGGAGCAGUCUGCACAGAUCUCGUUAAUGGCUACGAGUGUACGUGUGCACCGGGAUUCAGCGGAGAAACGUGUGAAAAUAAUAUCAACGACUGUGAUCCCAACCCCUGCCUCAAUGGUGCUAACUGCGUGGACAAGGACAAUGCAUACGAGUGCGUGUGUAUCGCGGGCUACACAGGUGCCAACUGCGAGGUUAAUAUCAACGACUGUGACCAUCAACUGUGUCAGAAUGGAGCAACAUGUGAAGAUGGUGUGGACUCAUUCACAUGCAACUGCGCAGCAUCGGGCUUCACGGGUGAGUUCUGCGAAGAGAACAUCGACGAUUGCAUCAACGAGCCAUGUGGUGAACACGGGUUCCAAUGCAUUGAUGGUGUCAACUCGUUCAUGUGUAUCUGCAAAUCUGGGUUUGAAGGACUGACAUGUCUGGUGGACAUCGACGAGUGUGUCACGCUCAACCGAUGCCAGAACGGAGCUACAUGCACCGACAAGCCCAACGACUACGAGUGCGAUUGUGCACCUGGAUAUGGUGGCAAGGAUUGUCAGGUGGAGAUCGACAACUGCAUCCCUAGCCCGUGUCUGCACCAAGGAGUAUGUACAAAUGCCCUCAACAGCUACACUUGUGAGUGUGCGGACGGAUACACCGGUCCCGACUGUGAGAUCGAUAUCGACGAAUGUGUUGGCGUGGUUUGUGGACACGGCACAUGUGAGGACAAGGUGAACUCGUACCAGUGUGUGUGUGAGGUUGGAUACUCGGGAGAUCUGUGCGAUGUUAAUAUCGACGACUGUGUCGGUGUAACCUGUGCCAAUGGAGGCACCUGUGUGGACGGUGUCAACACCCAUACGUGUCAGUGUGAGUCACCCUUUGAGGGCGACAACUGCGAGAUUGAUCCGCGCGUGGGUCCAGUGGAUAAGUGCGCUACCUACGGCGAGUGUCAGAAUGGUGGAAAGUGUGUGCUGGACGAUGCUGGAGAGCCAAUGUGUGAGUGUACGUCUGCGUAUGUCGGCACCUUCUGUGAGGCCGAAAUGGACUGUCCUGUUUGUGAGAACCGGGGCCGGUGCAUACGCAACUGGCGCGACUACACAAAGGUGUGCAUGUGCAGAGCCGGUUUCUAUGGUCCCACCUGCUCAGAAAAUUCAAAUGCCGUGGGAAGGGCUUGCAACAGAUAUCCCUGUGGCUGGAGAGGCCAGUGUGUCAAUGAUAAGUCUGAAAGAGGUGAUUUCAAAUGCGAGUGCUACGCUGGAUGGACUGGUCGAAAGUGCCGAUCGAUGGAACUAUUCGAGGGCGAGGAGUGUAUCGAGGGUCGACGUGGACAGCACUGUGAGAUUGAUAUCAACGAGUGCGUUGAGGACAAUCCGUGUGUGAACGGGCGGUGUAUCAACAGAAGAAGAUAUGGGCAGACUUACACCUGCAGGUGCAACAAGGGCUGGAAAGGAACAAACUGUGAUGUUCCCAGGUGAAUGGGGAUCUGAUAAUCCUUAUAAGUAGUACAGUAGAAAACACGAACAAGUGAUCAAUUAGUAAUAAUUCUAGGAAUAAUUUAGAUAUGAAGUGAAUAAAAUAAAUUGGAAGUACG